AAAAGCGCUCAGAUCUGGCUUUGUGGGAGUGAUUGUCACUCGUUUAAUGAGCUUCUUUGCCAGGCGAGAGGCUUUGGCAGCAUAUGUCUCCCCAGUGCCUCUCUCGCUCCGCACCGUUCCGCGCGCUAGUGGCGGGGCUUCUCUCCCGCGUCUGCUGUGGUAGACGUUUCUCUGGAUUUCCUCAGCACUCUUCACGUUUCACGCCUUUGGGAUUAGACUGAGCAGAAGAGGAAGGUUCGUCUGUCUUUUUAAGGACGAGCGGACAAGAAUGAGGAAGAUUCCUGUAGCGAGACUCCAGUCUGUGUUGGAGUGAGAUGCACUGACUUCUGGCAACUGCAGCAUUCCCUGUCAUCCUCCGCUCUCCUCCGAGGCUUUGGCCAGUCAUGCGGUUGCUACGGAAAAUCCUCCUCCUUUUGGGCGCUUGCCUUAAUAUGAGCUGCAGGUAUCAGAGUAAUGCCUUGGAUAUUCCACUUGAAGUUUUAGCACGCAUAAACAUGGAGCAGCUGCCCACAAUUACAGAGCACUCACCCGCCUCUCUGAUUGCCUUUCCCUUCGAAGAGAGCUUCCCAAUGAAGUGUGAGGCCACAGGAAACCCUGGACCGGAAUUCAAGUGGACAAAGAACGGUCAAGACUUUGAUCCUUAUCAGGAUCCCAGAUUGAUAACAUUAGAUGAUUCCGGAACAUUCAUCAUUCCCAAUAAUGGAAAUCUCACAGAGUUCCAGGGCAAUUACCGCUGCUUUGCAACCAACAAGUUAGGAACGGCUAUGUCGGAAGAGAUUGAAUUUGUUGUUCCGAAUGUUCCAAAGUUCCCUAAAGAGAUCAUCGAUCCGAUUGAGGUUAUGGAAGGUCAGUCAGUCAUUCUGGAGUGCAACCCACCUAAAGGAAUCCCCCCACUGCAGAUCUACUGGAUGACAAUUAGUCUACAGCACAUCGAGCAGGACGAGAGAGUAUCAGUGGGUCUGAACGGAAACCUGUACUUCUCAAAUGCUAUUGAGACCGACAGUCGCAGAGACUACUGCUGCUUUGCUGCCUUCCCACGCAUACGAACCAUCGUCCAGAAAACCGCCAUGUCUGUUGUGGUCAAAAGCAACAAGUUAAUGAAGGACUCAGGCUCUGGUAGCGGCAGAGGUUAUGCAAACUCUCUCCUGGAGAGGAAGCCCAGUCUACUGACGCCCACAGGAAAGGAGUCGCAUACAUAUUUGGUGAAAGGCGAAGAUCUUCAAUUGGAGUGUAUUGCAGAGGGCUUCCCCACACCAAAGGUGGAGUGGGUUAAAACAGGCUUCCACAAGCUUCCAGAAAGAGCCGUGGUGGAGAGUCAUGGGAAGCUGCUUACUGUAGAGAUGGUGAAUGAGGAGGAUGAAGGGAAAUAUAUGUGCAGAGCCAAAAAUCCCCAUGGAGAGGUUAUGCAUUAUUUUCAUGUUACAGUAGAGGAGCCUCCUGAGUUUGAGAUUGAACCUCAAAGCCAGUUGGUGACAAUUGGAGCUGAUGUGGUUAUCAAGUGUGUCGUGAAAGGAAAUCCUCAACCUACUGUUGCGUGGAGGGUCAACGGCCGACCACUGAAUGAGGUCCCGACCUCCAAUAGGAAAGUCUUAAAAGAUGGCACAAUUUCCAUCCACAACGCAAAGCCUGAAAACAGCGCUGUUUUCCAGUGUGAGGCCACAAACAGACACGGCACCAUCCUAGCCAAUGCCAACAUCAUGAUUAUGAACAUCCAGCCCCUGAUCUUAACAGAAAACAAUCUGCAAUAUAUGGCAGUGGAGGGGAAAGGUGUGGUCAUGCACUGUAAGGUCUUCAGCUCACCAACAUCCAGUAUUACAUGGAGCAAAGCUGACAGUGCCGAUGUAGUGGAAGGAGAACGGUUUUCUGUUCAUAAGAAUGGUUCACUGGAGAUCCACAACGCGAUGAAAGAGGACAUGGGGGAGUAUUCUUGUUUUGCUCAAAACACUGAGGGCAAAGUUGCCAUUGCUGCAACACUUGAAGUCAAAGAUCCCACCAGAAUAGUCGAUCCUCCACACGAUUUGCGGGUUUUGGUUGGAACCACAAUCCAGUUUUCAUGCCAGGCAGAGUACGAUCCCUCAAUCGGUGAAGACUUUGAGAUCAUCUGGGAAAAAGAUGGCAUGGCCCUCAAUGGCAGCGAGAACGCACGAUAUAUCCUGGACGAUGGAGUGCUUGAAAUCAUUAAUGUGAGCUUUGGAGACCAGGGAUUGUAUGUCUGUGUGGCAAGAACACCAGUCGACCAGGACAUGGCGGUUGCACAGCUUUCAGUUGUGGAUGUUCCUGAUCCACCAGAGGAUGUGAUCCUUACCGAACAUAAUGGCAGAAGUGUGAAACUGCAGUGGAUUCCAGGAGACGACCAUAACAGCUCCAUUACUGAGUUUGUUAUAGAGUUUGAGGAAAGCCAACAUGAGCCGGGCAGCUGGAGGGAGAUGAGGAGAGUACCGGGAAACCAUCACUCCGCUCUGCUGAAGCUUCAUGGACACCUGGACUACCGAUUUAGAGUCUCUGCCGUCAAUGAGGUGGGAAGAGGUCGGCCAAGCCAGGACACUGAAAGAUACAAAACUCCAGCAUCAGCACCCGACAAGAACCCAGAAAAUAUCAAGAUCGAAGGUCAUUUGCCACAUGAAAUGGAUAUCAACUGGGAGCCACUGUCACCUAUUGAACACAACGGACCUGGUCUGGAGUACAAAGUAAGCUACAGAAGACAAGGUGCUGAAGAGGAGUGGAUGGAGCACAUGGUGAAGAGGCACUCAUUCGUGGUUAAAAACACCCCUACUUUCGUCCUUUACGAGGUCAAAAUUCAGGCCAAGAACCACGCGGGCUGGGGUCCGGACCCCAAAAUAAUAACAGCGUACUCAGGAGAAGACUUCCCUUCAGCAUCUCCAGAGGAUGUCAGUGUAGAAGUGAUGAACAACACCAUGGUGAAGGUCAGAUGGGACCAUGUUCACAAGGACAAACUCAAUGGACAUCUGGGUGGCUACAGGAUAAGCUUUUGGAGGCUUCGUAGUCUGCAGGACUCAAAGAAAACACAUGGUGACAAGCACACAUUGACAUUCUCCGGCGAGAGGAACCAUGCGGUGGUCACAGGGCUUAGGCCAUUCUCUGAAUACAGCCUCAUUGUCAUGGCCUUUAACAGCAGAGGAAACGGGCCUGGCAGUCAUCCGGUCAGCUUUAAAACACCUGAGGGAGCUCCUGGUCAACCAGCUGCUUUCAGUGUUACAAACAUCCAGAAACACAAGGUCACCUUGACCUGGUCUCCUCCGGUUGACGCAAAUGGAGUCAUAAUUGGCUACAUCCUCCAAUAUCAGCUAAUAAAUGACACAGAGGAACUAGGUUCUCUGAUGACCCUCAACAUCUCUGCUGACAGCAAUAAGCUGCACCUCCAGGAUCUGGAAGCACUGAGCAAAUACAAGUUUUACCUACGGAGCUGCACGCGGGUGGGCUGCGGACCAGCUGUCAGCGAGGAGCGCACCACUGUCCCCGAAGCCACUUUGUUGAAUAUUAGCACCUCAGUUAGUCACAACUUUGCAAAUAUCAGCUGGAUUCCAGGCACAGAGCAGACGGAGUCAGAGUUAUAUGUUGCCUUUAUGAACAACCGUGAAGGUAACUGGAAGAUUUCCGAUGCGCUAAAUUCUUCUAAGACUUUCCACCUCAUUGAAGGGCUCGAACCUGGGACUGAAUACACAGUGCGUCUUAUGACUAAAAGCUGGGUUGAUAAUUCUAGUAUUUUUGAAGACGUUAUCAGGACCAGUGCCAAAGGUCUGGCCAGUAUUCACGGAGGCAUCUCCAACCAGGGCUGGUUCAUCGGGCUCAUGUGCGCCAUAGCGCUGCUCACCCUCAUAGUGCUCAUAGCGUGCUUCGUGAACCGAAAUAAAGGCGGAAAGUACUCAGUGAAAGAAAAAGAGGACCUGCACCCCGAUUUGGAGUCCCAGGGCAUAAAUGACGAUACCUUCUGUGAAUACAGUGAUAAUGAUGAGAAACCACUGAAAAGCAGCCAGCAUUCGUUGAAUGGCGACUUGAAAGGAGGGGACAGCGGAGACAGCAUGGUGGACUACGGCGACGAGGACGCUCACUUCAACGAGGACGGCUCUUUUAUCGGAGAGUACUCUGGACGCAAGGAGAGGGUCUCCAUGGAAAUCAAGGGAAACAAUCAGAGCACAGCAUAAUGGACCACGGACAAUUUAUUUGUUGGACAAGCUCUCGCAAAAGGUCAGUCAAAAGGAAAUGGAAGGGAAAAAAAAGCACGGCAUAACGGCACCCGAAGGACAUUUUUGCAAUUAAUGUGUUAUUGUCAAACUCUCAGUCAUACUCACAUAAUUUUACAAAGCUUAGUUUGUUUUCGCGUGCUGUAACUGAUCAAUCAUGUCAGUUGUGUAUACUUUUGUGGGGUGUUUUUGUAUUAAGUCUUUGCAAAUCAUUGGUGACUUUGGAGCUGCCAGGAAGUUUGCUUUUUUUUGGAAAUGCAAACUCUGUACACGUUUUUGCUUUCUUCGUGUCAUCAUAUAGCCAAGCGAGUUUUAUGUCAGGGUAUGAACUUUGUAUUUUUAUUUUUUGUUUGAAGCAAAUAUUAUUGACAUUUUAUAUUUCAGAUACUGUAUACUGUGCAUUCAUUAAAUGUGGGUUAUUACGUGUACAAAAGAGUUGUUGCUUAAAUAAUCAUAAUUUCUGUUGAAAUCCAAAAAGCGUAAGGCAACAUAAGGGUUGACUCACAAUUACUCACAUGCUUUGUAAAACAUUUUUGCAUUAAACUGAUUAUUAUUAACGGUUCGGGCUAUACUAACAAGCUGCAUAGCCAUAUUCAGUGCCACAUAAACCCUACAGUGAGUUUGCUGCUCUUAACCCAUUAGCCAUAAUACAGUAUAUCAUCAACUAGGCACAUAUUCAAUGUUCAUAUGUUUAAAAAAAAAACGCCUCUUUUGCCUUAGAAUGACCUUGGUAAGUAUGACGUAAUGAAUUACAUUCUCAUGGAUUCUGUGAUACAGGGUUGGAAUUCCAAAAUUCCACAUUGGCAUUAAAUCCUAUGAAAUAGUUUUAUCCAUAAAUGGACCAUUUAGAAACACCUCCAGUCCAUUUCUCCUCCAGAAAAUGCAAUUUUGUUCAUUUAUGUAUGUUUUUGGAAUGGCUCCACAUAGAGUCAAACCCAGAUUCUGUACAAUGUUUCUGUAAAUUCUGUUUGCAUGUUUAAGGAUGUUGAAUGAGGUUUGUGUGCAGAUUUGACAUUAAAUUGUAUCAUUUUUUUCUUCA